AUGAGAGCACUAACAGAUUUUGUAAGAGCAGAAGAUCUUUCAUUUCAUCAUUUAGAGAAUGAAACAAAGAAAUGGAUGCAAUACACAGCGCUUGUUAUACGCUGUAUAUUGGUCUCUUUCAAUAAUGCAGAAGUGGAAAGUCACAACCGCUGCUUCGUACUGGUUAAAGAACGUAAAUGUCCCGUCAAAGAAGAACAGGAUAGAUACCCGUCAACAACACAAUUUAUUUCAAAUCUAUUUCAAAAUUGUGAUAUUGACAAAUUUAUUGAUUUUUCCUGCGCAUGCUUAGAUGACCCUUUGGUACUUGUAAAGGCUGGUGAUCAUAUUGUAACAAAGAUGACUUUUGGAAAACUAUUAAAAAUUGGAAAGAUCCUAACAACAAACCAAAGGCCAAAUAGAAUUUCAUCUGAAUCGAAUGCUAAACAGAGACUUGCACAAUUCUGGAAGAAGCCGUAUCUUAAACUCAAACUUGUAUUUUCAUUUGAUGAGGCACGCCUUUUACACUUGAUGAAUCUGGCCAAGAACUUUCAACGCAUUUGUCAUGAAAAUCUGAAAUUGUUUGAUCCAUUUUACUUAUUUGACUUCAUUGAUGUUUUUGAUAAAGAUGCAAUUCUUUUUUCACGGUUGUCUUUAUCAAUUUCACCACAAUCUAAGAAUUCCACGAAUCUCUGUUCAUAUGUUUUCCCUGAUAGACAAAGAAUGUAUAUUGAAUAUUCAUCAGAGCCCACUCUUGUAAAAGCUGCAUCUGCAAUGAUGUCAGAUAUGGAGAAUUACAAACGCUUGCUUAAAACUUUAUGUAACUCUGUUAAAAAUGGGAUAGUUGAUGCCGGUUUUCGUGGCAGAUUUAUGAUACCAAUAGUAGUAUUGGAAAAAACAGAAGAGGCAAAAGGGCCUGCUUCGGCAACAACAAAGAUGAGAUGA